AUGGUCGAUGUAUUUUCGGUUCCCAUCUUCCUUGUUGUACUUCGAGAAACCAUUGAAGCCGGGAUUAUUGUUAGUAUUCUGCUUGCCUUUUUGAAGCAAAUGCGUCAGAAUGGAACAUUAGAUGCUAAAUCGUAUAAGUCCUUGAUCAAACAGGUUUGGGUGGGAGCCCUCGUUGGCUUUCUUCUUUGCUUGGUCGUCGGAGGAGCCAUCAUUGGUAUAUUCUAUCGCUUCAGUAGGAAUCUCUGGAAUUCCGCCGAAUACAUAUACCAAGGAGUCUUCUACCUCGUCGCUGCCCUGAUUAUUACCGUGGUUGGGGUUGCCUUCCUACGAAUGGGCAAGAUGCAGGAGAAGUGGCGAGGUAAGAUAAGCGCCGCAUUGGAUAAGCACCCGGCAACGAAAAGAGAUACUAUGGGAUCUCUAAAGAGAUACUCGAAAGCUUAUGCCGUGUUGGUUCUCUCUUUUAUUACAGUUGCUCGAGAAGGAAUUGAGGGUGUGGUGUUUGUAUCCGGUGUGACCUUUUCGACAUCAGCCACUUCGGUUCCUCUCCCAGUAGUCAUUGGAUUGAUAACGGGUAGUGUUGUCAGUUGGGUUUUGUACAAGGGUGCUUCCUUUGCGAAGAUCAGGUAUUUCCUCGUAGCGUCGUCCUGCCUCCUAUAUCUAGUGGCUGCUGGUCUAGUGGCUCGGUCCGUAUGGUAUUUUGAACAAGGCCAUUGGAGUAAGCUUGUUGGUAAAGAUGUAGGCGAGGCUGGCGCUGGACCAGGAUCAUAUGACAUUGACCGCAGUGUCUGGCAUGUCAAUUGUUGCAGCCCUGAAUGCAACGGUGGAUAUGGCUGGGGCAUCUUUAAUGGCAUCCUGGGGUGGACCAAUUCUGCCACAUAUAGCACCGUCAUCGCCUACAAUGUAUAUUGGAUCCUUGUUAGCAUGUUCUUCAUAGGACUGCGGCACCGCGAGGUUAAAGGAAAAUGGCCUCUUAUUCCGGGAAAGACUUCAACACAAACCUUAACAGCUCGUCCCCAUGACUAA